CUAGCUUCCCUGUAAUCGUCAAUCGCUUUGCGGCGUUCUUAAACAUUUGCCUUCAAAUUUGUUUAAUUCCGAGGAUUUGUUAUCAUUUAAAGUUAAAAUGGAUUUUAAUCAGCACGUAGAUAGUGUUCUCAACACUUUAGUGGAAAAUACGAAUUUCAUAAAAGAAAUGUCCGAGGCCAUGGCCGAGUAUGGAGACGAUGAAAAUGCCAUUAAAUUACUGGAGGAAAGCGCUCAAUCACGAAUUGAGUUGGCGGAGCAUCUUAUCCGAAUGAAGAGUCAAUACAAGGCUUUCGACCUGGCGAUGCAGGAAGCCAAAGCCGAGAGCGCCACCAUUGAGGAGUUAGAGGGUUCGUGGAAGGAGCGCCGCGAGACGGUAGAGAAGAAGCGGAUCAAUGUCAAGAACUUGGGGGACUUCAAGAGCUUCAAGCAGGCCAUAGAAUCGGCAGCUGGCCGGGGAGAGAACGGCCAGGCCAAUGGACCAGACGAGGAUGACGACGUAAUUAUUGAGGGAGUUGAAGAGACCGGCGGUGAAAUCUUUUCGCUACUGGACCCCUGGUCCAAAGCAAUGAUGAAGAACCCAGUCCGCAACCAGAUAUGUGGUCACAUAUAUGAUCGCGAUUCUGCAAUGUUGAUCAUCAAGGACAACAUCGGCGUUCGCUGUCCAGUUCUUGGCUGUGCCAACAAGAAGUACAUCCAGCCAGCGCACCUGGUCGAGGAUGCCAAAUUGCGGCAGCGGUUGGCCGAAGAGGCUGCGGCUGAGGCGGACCUAUCCGAAUAGGGAUUAGGAAUCUGGGUAGAUAACAUCCGGGAUUAAGUUUAAGAGUUAUAUAGUUCAUACAAAUGAAGGUUUCACUCACUCAUCUUAAAGAAUAAGUUAAUAUGUUUUAAGUUUGAACCAAUUAGGUUUUUGUAACCAUACACAUGAAUAACUACCAUUGAAUUUAUUUUGUUGAAAGAAUCGAAAAACUAAUGUAAAUAAUUUUUAUAAUCGUAACUAUGAAACAAUAAAAUUACGCAGUAUUGAAUGUUA